AUGAAUCAAGAAGAUCCUGAAACAAUGCAUGAUCUUGAAGCAGAGCCAGAGAAAUCUGAUGAAGAUUUAAGCAAGGAAAUGGAUGAAAAGAAAGAUGAUAUCGAUAGCAGAAUCACAAUUGGCAUUCAGCUUGUGUUCUUCUUUAUUGGAAUUAAUAUCUUGUUCAGCUACAAUACAUUUCUUAGUGGCACAGACUUCUAUGAAAGCAUAACAAUUGGUCAAAAGUAUACUUAUGGAAGUUUGGCGAAAAUUCAGAGAGAUCUUCCAAGAGUUUUAAUUUUAACUAGUGAAUUUUGCAACUUGUGCUCACUUCCAUUCAUUGAAAGGUUUACUCUUGUUUCCAGACUUUAUUUUUCUUUAACAAUGAUGGCAAUUGUUCAGAUAGUUAUUUAUUUCUAUGUCAACUUUGGUAAUCCACAGUAUUACAUUGUUUAUCUCCUUGCAGCUUUAACAUCUGCAGCUCAGAGUGUUAUGUUCGGAUCAUCAAUGGGUUUUGCUGGUCUUUUUGGAGAAAAGACAUCGGCUUUAGCCAACACCGGCGUUGCUCUUGGAGGUUUAAUUACAUCAAUACUUUGGGUUAUUGCAAAAAAUGCGUUUAAUGGAAGUUUAAAGAAACAAGGACUUUUCUAUCUGUUCUUCUCGGUUUUGGUCACAAUUUCAACACUUAUUACUUUCCAUUUCUUCAGCAAGACAGAAAUUGGACAAGAAAGACUUAAACUUGCUCAAACAUCCAAUGAUUUCAUGUUCAGAAUGAAAAGAAUCAAAGGAGUCUUCCUCAAGAUUUGGCCUUUCGUUAUUGAAGGCUGGCUUCACUUUGCUAUCACUCUUACAUUCUUCCCAAGUUAUAUGUUCUAUGCUGGUAAUCAACAUUUCAAAGAAUUUGGAGAUUUCAUUACAGCUGUUAUUUUUUGUUACAAUGUUGGAGAUUUCUUGGGACGUUUCAUUACAAGAUGGUUCUUCUUCCCUAAGCCAAAGUAUCUCUGGAUACCACAUGUUUUAAGACUUCUUUUCAUUCCUCUCAUAGUCGUAUCUGCAGAAGUUCCAAAGUUCAGAAGUGAUAUAUACAUGUGUGUUAUGGCAUUUUUGCUCGCAGUCACAACUGGUUACUUCGGUGGUCUUUGUAUUGUUUAUACAGCAACUUGCGAAAAUCUAGCUACAGAAGAAAUUGACCUUGGUGUAUUCACAACAGUUCUUGCGACAAAUCUUGGUGUAUUCACAGGUGUAUGGCUUACAUUCUUAUCAAACAACUUGCAUGAAAAAUACAGUGCUCCAUAA